UGCUCCACCUAUCUCCAGCAAAAGAGAAGGAGAGCAUGAAGAAGGAUAAUCAGAGCAGUGUGUCUGAGUUCCUCCUCCUGGGGCUCCCCAUGUGGACAGAGAAGCAAGGCAUAUACUACACUCUUUUCCUGGCCAUGUACCUGACCACAGUGCUGGGGAACCUGCUCAUCAUGCUGCUUGUCAGGCUGGACUCUCGCCUCCACACCCCCAUGUAUUUCUUCCUCAGCCACUUGGCCUUCACUGACAUCUCUUUCUCAUCAGUCACAGCUCCAAAGAUGCUCAUGAACAUGCAAACACAGAGUCAAUCCAUCUCAUAUGCUGGAUGCAUUUCCCAGCUGUAUUUCUUCUUAUUUUGGGGGGAUCUUGACAGCUUCCUUCUCACAUCAAUGGCAUAUGACAGGUACGUGGCCAUCUGUCACCCCCUCCACUACACCACCAUCAUGAGUCAGAACUUGUGUUUCCUGCUAGUAAUUGUGUCCUGGCUCCUCUCCUGUGCUAGUGCCCUUUUGCACACCCUCCUCCUGACUCGUCUCUCUUUCCGUGGAGACAAUGCUCUCCCCCACUUCUUCUGUGACCUCUCUGCCUUACUUAAGCUCUCCAGCUCAGAUACCACAGUCAAUGAGCUGGUUAUCUUCACUGUAGGAGUGGUGGUCAUUACCCUGCCAUUAAUAUGCAUCCUGGUCUCUUAUGGCCACAUUGGAGCCACUAUCCUGAAGGUCCCCUUGACCAAGGGAAUCUGUAAAGCUCUGUCCACAUGCGGUUCUCACCUUUCUGUGGUGUCUCUGUACUAUGGAGCAAUUAUUGGACUGUACUUCUUUCCUUCAUCCGAUAACUCCAAUGACAAGGAUGUCAUUGUGGCUGUAUUGUACACUCUGGUCACUCCCAUGCUAAAUCCCUUUAUCUACAGUCUGAGAAAUCGAGAUAUGAAAGGAGCGCUAGGACAUCUACUCAAUAAAGGACUAUUUUCACCAUGUUGA